AACACCAUAUCUUUAAACCCUAAAAUGUAAACGCGAUCUCAAUCUGAAAAUCAGCUUGUUCCGAUGGCGUCUUCUUCUUCUUCGAAAGUGUGCAGAUUAUCAUCGAAGAUACACUCUUUAACCCAGAGGCUAAGGAAGACGAAUGUCCACGUCUCCUCCAUACCCUCUCCCAUUAAAUCUUCAUUACCCACUCCCCCUCGUAUCAUCAAUCCUUCUUUUAGAGUACCAGUGGAGCUGAGUAGCUGUGUAUCACUGUUUCCACUACACAGUGCUAUUGCAUCCUCCAGAUUAGUGUCAAGUCUCUCUGCUGAAUCCAUGAGCUGGGGUUUAGUUCCUCAAGGUAUUUCAAUGCCUUUAUAACAGUAUUUUCAUCUUACAAACCAGUUUCCAGGAUGAGAAAGUUGUGUGGCUCUUUUCAUCUCUCUUCGAAUCUAAAGCUCCUGAAUUCAAGACUGGUUUUAUGCUCAAACUCUUAUUUUGAGUUGUCUUUUUUUUUGUUUGUCGGUUUAUCAGGAAUUGAGUGAUCAGUGUAAUGUUGCUGGCAAAGAUUAUACUCUUUAGUUUUCAUUGAAAUGUCUCAUCUUUUUACCAUGAGUCGGUAGUUGUUGGGAUUAAUAAAUUCUUACACAUA